ACCAUUCACUUGCAUUGUAUGGGCCUACAGAGCUUCGAUAUUCUUCUAAAAAUCUCUGUUUGUGUUCUGCAGAAGAGAGAAAGUCAAAGAGUAAAUUAUGAGAGAAUUUUCAUUUUUGUGUGAACUAUCCUUUUAAAUUAAAAUGCUAAUUUUGAUUACUAAAAACUAAAAAUGUCAUUCAACUGCACAUCAUAUUCCUCUUAGGAAAUGUUACUGUUAGUAAGUUUAAGGAUACUUCUGUAAGGAUGGGUGUACCUAAAUACCUAAUUGCAUUUUUAUUUUAUGCUUUAUAAAUGUAAGUUAACUCUUUAAAUCAUGAGUUUGUUUUGUGUCAUUCAUUUCCUUCUGACUGUAUUUUUAAAAGGUCACAAAUAAUUACCAGGAAGUAGUUUUGGAAAACAAAAGGUGAUUAAAAGACACAAAAAAGGGAAAUGUUUCCUCUUUAACCAUCAACAUCCAGACAUCCUGCAGUCUUUCUCUAUGUUCAUUUCUGUCAGUGAGUCCCUCAAGAGAAACAUUAACCCAAAACGACCUUGUGCUGUUAUUUACUGCUACAGGAACCCCGAUUUACUGCAAAAGAGGGAGAGCAGAGUGCAGUACUGCGAUAAGUGCAUGCAGUCAAAUGACUGGACAGACAAAAUUGCUUAAGGCCAUACUGAAAUGCAGACCAGUCCAUAGUAUGCAUUAGAAUGAUAAAGUUUGGGAAACUGCAUUAGCCCAGAUCAAUUCAAUUACAUAAGACAAGCUAGCAGACCUUGAGUGACAUGAGUGUUGGUUAUACAAAUUUUAUGGUCCUCUGUUGUGUAAUAUCACGCUGGUGGAUGAUAAGCUAUAUCCUGAACCCGUCACCCCUGAAACAAUGCUCUCUACCGCUGUAAUUGUUAAGUGUAUUUUCCCAAGCCACUGGGAGUGACGAAGGGGGAGACUGAUGGCCCGCCUUAUGCCCACCCCAUCCUCCAUACACCUUUAUCAGUACAAAGCUGCCGCACGUGUGCACAGAGCACCUGAAGUAUCGCACAGACAAAAUGACAUCAACGGAGUCGAAGUCAGAGCUCUUUACUGUAGCCUCUGGCGAUGGAGGGGACAGCCUUCAAAAUCAGCCUAAGAGAGUGUCCUUCUUUGAGCAUUACAUUCAGCCAUGCCUGGCAGAGAUCCUCGGCUCCACUCUCUUCAUGUUUGUGGGCUGUGUGUCAGUGAUGGGCAACGUGGGCAUCAGUGGAAGCAUCCAGCCUGCCCUGGCACAUGGACUAGCACUGGCUAUCGCAAUUGCAAUUUUUGGGGAAAUCAGUGGCGGUCACUUCAAUCCAGCUGUGUCUGUGUGUGUUUACCUCAUCGGAGGAAUGGAAUUAAUUUUCCUGGUGCCAUAUGUUCUCUCACAAAUGUUAGGUGGACUGAUUGCCGCCGGCCUUGCCAAAGCUGUCACUACGAGCAUAGCAUAUGAAAAUGCAUCUGGAGCAGCAUUCAAUGCAGUUCAGGCCACUGAUGGCAUUGGCUCUGCGACUGUGGCAGAAAUGAUAAUGACACUCUUCUUGACAAUGGUUGUCAGCAUGGGUGCCAUAAAUGGAAGGACCCGAAGUCAACUUGCUCCUUUCUGCAUUGGACUUACUGUGACUGCAAAUAUCUUGGCUGGGGGUGGAAUCUCUGGAGCAUGUAUGAAUCCAGCACGGGCAUUUGGGCCAGCAGUGGUGUCUGGUUACUGGACACACCACUGGAUAUAUUGGGUGGGACCUUUGACUGGUGCUCUAGUCACUGUCAGCUUUGUGAGAACUCCCACUCACUGGAUGUGUUUUGUUUUUGGCACCAUACUGAGUAAACUCUAGAGACUGUUGGAUGUGAAAAUCCCAGGAGAUCAGCAGUUACAGAAAUACUCAACAGCCCGUCUGGCACCAACAAUCAUGCCACGGUCCAAAUCACUGAGAUCACAUUUUUCCCCAUUCUGAUGGUUGAUGUGAACAUUAACUGAAGCUCCUGACCCAUAUUUGUAUGAUUUUUUACAUUACACUGCUGCCACAGGAGUGGCUGAUUAGAUAAUUGCAUGAAUAAGUAGAUGUACAGGUGUACCUAAUAAAGUGGACGGUGAGUGUGUAUUAAGCAUUUUACUAUUAUAACCGUUGAAUGACAUAAUAUCAAGGUCUUUGGUACAAAUACAGUGCACAAAUUCUGCCUGCUAUGCAUUAAGAUCAAAUUAACCCCUUAUGAUUGAGGGAUUUUAUUAAUGUAUUUUUAAUUUACUUGCUUCAAAGAUAUCCAGAGUAUAUUAAGAGAAUUUAUUAAACAUCCAUCAACUCAUAUCGCGUUUCAGCUCAAAGUUCACUUUGAAAAAUGAGCAAAUUCCAUGUGUUGUUUUAUUAUGCCAUUUGGGUUGAUAGCAUUUACACCCAAGGCCAUGCAGUAAUGAUCCACUUGACAUCAAAAUCAAUAACACAGAGUUUAUAGUGGGAGAAAAACAGGCCAAAUGUAACCAGUGAUGCAACACAUCUGUUACAGGAAUAAACAAAUAUUUAUUGGUCUUGCUCAGACUGGUGCAUGCACAAAUGUCUAUUAACAGUAUUAUAGAUUUGCCACAUAGUUAAUGAUUGCUUUUUGAAGAACAUAUUCAUUUUGCAU